AUGGAGUCCGAGUUGCACGAUUCAACGCCCCAGGAAGAAGUAUUCCGUUCAUCAAAUCGAGGGGAUUUGUCUUCAGAUGACGACACAUUUUGUGAUGAAGAAGAAAGACGCUACAGACAUUACUGUCAAGAACCAUUUGAUCGUCCAGCUGGAAUUCAAGAAGAGUUAUAUUCAUACUGCAUCGAUUAUGAAAAUAAAUGCCCUCAAAAGACAAUUAACAAAUCGCCAGAAGAAACAAGCGGAAGCAAAACAAAUAAGCAGUCAAACAAUAAUCCAUUGAAAAUUGAUAUGGAUAAUAAGCAUCCCGGACGUACUGCUGAGGGAUUCAUCGAGCAGAAUGUUCCUCUUCUAGAAAAUACUAGUGAUGAGGAUCUAGCAGAACAGACGAAAGAAUACUGUGAAAGAUAUGAAGCAAACUUUUUAUAUUACUGUGUUGACAAUGAUGACGAUGAUGGCAACAAUAAAACUGGAAAAUUUUGCAGAGUUUAUAAAGAAGAUUGCCCAGAUAAACUAAAAAGAAUACUGCUCAAUUUUCCGAAAGAAAUGAUCAAAACAACUUCAGAAUCCAGAGAAGAAUCGCAGCAACGGAAGCAAAAGAAGGAAGAGGAAGAAGAAGAACCAGAUGAAAUAGAAAAAGCUGAGAUUGAAAAUUAUUGCAACAAAUAUUUCAAGAAUUACAACUAUUUCUGUGUAAAAAAGCAGAACAUUCCAAAAAAAGGUCGAAAACACGAAACAAAUUUGAAUUCUGCUAUUGAGACCUAUGUAAAACCACCGAAUCCAUUCCAGAAACUCAGUAAGAAAACAAAUAAACAUGAAGUAUUCAAAGCAUUUAUGCAUCCCGAACAACUCAUUGAAGCUGCAAAAAAAAACCAACUGAAAAACAUGUGUACAAUUGACUGUGACUGGACGAAAGAUCCCAAUUGCACACCGGAAUGCAAGUGCGACUUAGCAUAUCCAUAUGUGCAAAAAUUCUGCAAUCCACCUCCCAUGCCAGUUUUUCUGCAAACUUGUCGGAUUUGGUAUUCCUUCUGCCCCAAAUACAAACAAUACCAUUACGCAUCACAGUUUAUUCACAGCAAAUCGUCGAAAGGCAAAGUUAAUCCUGGUCAAGCUACUCGUAAUAACAGGCAGCAACCACAAAAAAGAGAUAUUCCAAUACCGUUUACGGAUGAAUUUUCGGGACGUUUCUUGCGUGCUACUCGGAAACGUAGUCCUUUUGAACGAUCUAAGAAUAAUCGCAAAAAGACGGAAGGUGUAACAUUAGCGGACAUUUUGAAGAACUCCAUGAGAACCCCAUUCAACAUACCGAUUCCCAAUAUUCCACUUAGGCAUGGCGACGAUCACCGAAUGCGAUUGCCUAGAGCAUAUCUAUCGGAUACAGAAGCUGAUGAAGACAUUCAUAAAUUCGAUGAACUUACUGAUUCUGGUGGACGGGUAACAAAUCAACUAUAUUCUCGAUCACCAUGGCAAAAACCUGGUACACUUUGCCUUUACCAUAAUUCUAUUUUCGUGGAAUAUACACGAGUAUCUCAUAAAAAGGCAGAAUCUCUUUCCCCAGAUGUACCACAUAAAGGCACUUUGCUUGGCAAAAGUGUCCCUAAUGUAGAUGCAUUUUGUAAUUCUACAACGCUGCAGCUUGCAGGUUUGUGGGAAGCGAACCCAUCAAAUCCACACAACCGAGACCACUCCAACAAAUUCUAUUACAGACCAGAUUCUGUAACUGCGGAUUGGUUGAACGGACAAAUCUAUUGGGGUGGUCAUUGGGCUGUUCCUGCUGCAUCUGUCGGUGGAACAAACGGUUUUUCAGCAGUUCACUUCCCUGCACUGGGAGCAUUCUUCAACAUCGAAGAUGAUUAUGAUUAA